UGAGCCUUUGACUACGCCCUGUUUUGAUAAGCCAAUUCUCUGACUCCAGCUGUUUAAAGUUUAGAACUUACCUAAAUCCGAAACUCAGAAACCAGCCUCUGAAGUACGAUCUUGAAGAAAAAACAUGAUCACAAUGUGAUUCAACAGCUGUUGGAAUCAUCAUGUUAUGUUAUUGAUAAUAAUUUUCUAGGUAACUUCCCAAAUUUGAAAAGGUUAAUCAAAUAUGUAGUGUAUACCUAAAUUCAUUCAUCCGGUCGUAUAUUCUUGAAAAAACAAUUAUUCAAAUAUCUUGAAAAUUUAUUGUGAUAAAUAGAGAGAAAUUUAUUUGUCGUGAAUAAAUUGAACCAAUAUAUAGUAGGUACCUCUUUUCCAUUAGACUCAAUCUCUAUCAAUCUUGAAAGAAAUUAAACUCGAGGACAGAUUUUGGAAGCAGAAUAUGUCAAAAUUUCAAGGCUUUUUUGAGAAACUAUGAAAAAUUUGAAUUACCCUAAGCAUUUCUUUUUAAUUAUUUUACUAUGAAACUCAAAAAGAAACACCUGGAACAACAACUGACAAAUUUACGAGAUCGUAUCCCUCUCCAAAACAACAGCUGUAAAUCUGAAGACAUCUCCUUUCUCUCUCUCCUCUACCUAAUCAUGGUGCAAACUUUUGGCACAAUUCUCCUAUUCCUCUACACCCUAAUCAACUUUUGCACAAUUAUUUUAAGCCUCGUGAAAUUUUUCCUAGGCUGGCUGAUAAAUGUACUCAAAACCCCCACAAAAUCGUCAAUUCUGAUAAAAUCGGUGGUGAUACUCCUUGAAUUUAUCGCAUUGAUGGUGAUUGUGUAUAAGAUUGCAUCGGUUGUUUUUGUGCCGAUUAUAGGCGUUCAACUGACUGUUGCCAAUCAGCUGGUGUGGGGAGGGGCGUCAUCAGAGGAGGAGGAGGAAGAGGGGAGGGGUCUGUGGUUUAGUGGUGGGGAUACAAGGGAGGAUACAGGUGAAGAGGGGAAGGCUGGAGAGGAGUCUAUGAAGGUCACACCAAAUAGAAGGAUUUAUGAAGAAGACUACACUCCUUAUCGAGAACCAUUUUCGAAAGAAAAGGAGAUAGAGGAAGACAUGAAAAUAGAAGGAGACACAAUACAACAAGUUGUUAAAGAAGAGUUUUAUUCAGAGCACAUUCUAGACGACAAAAGCCUAAUUAAAAUAAAUUGUGGAGCAGAGGCUUUCAAUAGUACUCAUAUUAAGAGAAAAGUCAUCAUUUUCAAAGAAGGGAUGAAUAUCCGAGAUGUCAGAUUGUUGUGUAAUUCAUAAGUGAGAAUAAAUAUGUAUUUGUUAUUCAGGAAAGUGUACAUUUCAGAUAUUUUUAAGUUUAAUUGAACAAGAAUCAUGAUUUGUUUUGAAAAAUAGCGUUGAAUUCCAUUAAAAAAUAUGACUGAAU